AUGAUAAGCAACCUUGGAAAAUUAGGGCUGAAUCUACGGACGACGCUGAUCGCCGUUUCCUGGAUCCCCGUAGCGUUGACUUUCAACGAAAAUGUAUGCUACGUAGCGAAGAUAGAGGGCAAGUCAAUGAGGCCAACACUGAACCCCAGCGACAAGACACAUACGGAUUGGGUACUUAUGUGGAAAUGGGGUGCCAAAAAUCCUGCAAAUCUGCGACACAAUGAUGUAGUUUUGUUCAAAUCCCCUUCAGAUCCGCAGAGAGUGUACUGCAAACGCAUCAAAGGUGUACAAUACGACACCAUACAGACGCGACAUCCAUAUCCGAGGGCCAUUGUGACUAUUCCUCGAAGUCAUAUUUGGACAGAAGGUGAUAAUGCAUUCCAUUCGACAGAUUCGAACGAGUUUGGGCCCGUGUCAACAGGUCUGGUGCUGGGGAAAGCCGUGGCCAUCGUAUGGCCGCCAUCGCGUUGGAACUCGAGCUUAAAUCAAAGCGUUGGGAGAGGAGAUCUUAGCAUCAAAGGUUCCGCAAUAUAG